GUUUGAUGAUUAGCCACACGUCUUGUUUCCCACCAUGAUCUCUCCUGUCCGCCGUCAGUUGCUGGUUGGAGCAAGAGCUUCACGCUCUGCGCUGGUUCGCCGAUACGCCACUGAACCGCACCCCCAAUAUAAUGGCUACCCCGAACUGCCCGAUGUCUCCGCUCAAUACCGGCCACCUCUGGGAUGGCAAGACCGGCUUUUGCGUCGUAACUUCGGCGACACGAUUCACCACUAUGAGGAAGUGAACUCUAUGUGGGGCCCCGAUAUCCCUGUCAUCCCUCCUCAGCAAGCUCUGCGGCAAUUCGCCAUCGCUGUUGGAUGUUUUGUGGGAGGAGGUCUCUUCCUCCGUGCUUAUCUUGUGCCGGAAAGUCCCGUGGUUCCGAGAGAAUACCCGUACAACGGCCUGGCUGUAGAACUUGGUGGUGGUCGUAAGGCCAACCCUGAAACGUCAGAAGAAUCAUGAACGGAAUAUAUCCAGUCUCGCUAUUUUCAAUCAUUAUUCCGCCUACAGGCUAGCGGGGCCAUGUUUCAGACCUUCUUUCGCGGCAAAACGGACCCACAAGGAACAACAAGGGGGGCGGCUGCCUCGCCUGGAAAUGGUUUACCGAUCCUCAUGUUGUCCAUCAGACUGUGAAUUCUACGCGUAGAAUCUAUGAAUGAGCUGCUCGCUACACCGAGACAUGUGUGCAGAUGGAUAUGCUUUAUCGGAAGUACAUAUGUGCAAACGAUAGACUGACAUCAUUCGUCCUGCCUGUGUACCGACCACUUGAGCCUGCACGAAUUGAAUAGUCGAGCCCGUGGCUUUCAGGGGUUCGAUAGUUGAUAAUGACAUGUCAACGACUCGAUUGCUAUUUCUUACUAUGACCGUUGAC